CACGCAAUACAGUUAACGUGGGAGUGGGAGUGGGAGUGUCUCGUGUGGGUAUCCGGGCUCAAGAAUUUAAAAAAAGCCCCAAAACGAGAGCUGCUUCCGUUUAAACUUACACAGCAGUGAUCAGAGUCUGCGACUCGGGGGAGGAAACACAGCAGCAAACAGAUUUACAUGCGCCCCGGACUGGAGUCGGGGGUCAAUAUGCCAAAACGAAGAGUCAAUACUGUGUGGGACGGUGUUGUGCACGGGACAGGGGAGGACUGGCUGGAGACUAAGACUGAGCACGAUGACCGGGUGGGGGGGUCCGCGUUCCGCAGUAAGAAGGGACGGGGGCCGUUCCGGGGCAGGAUGUACAGCGAGCAGCCCCCCCGGCAGAGGCACCGUGGAGGGGUUGGGUGGGGGCCCGGCCCGAGAGCUCGGUUUGAUGAAGAUGAGGGGGGAGACGUCUCCAUGAACGACACCUUGCAGGAUUCCUCCCCGGGGUCGGGGCAGCGCAGAUUUAACCCGUACAGCGUCAGACCUAACCGGCGCGGGGAGGACCGCUUCGACAGGGACCGAGAGCGCGGGGGGGGCCAGCGUGGGCCCAGGGGCGCGGCCAACCGCAAGAGCUGGUUCAAAAUCACAAUCCCUUGUGGAAAGAAAUAUGAUAAGCCGUGGCUCAUAGCAGCUCUACAGGGAGUGUGCUCGCUUCAAUUUACCCCUGUGCAUUUCCACUAUGAGAAAAACAAUGCCGUGUUCUUUGUGGAAGAUGCAACGACUGCAAACGCGCUGAAAAUGGUUUCGAGGAAGAUCACAGACAAGGACAGCUACAAGGUUGUGGUCAUAAUAAACAGCUCGUCGUCGCCCCCCUCGUUUAUCCAGAACGAACUCAAACCGGAGGAGCUGGAGCAGCUGAAGCAAUGCAUGAGCAAGCGUUUUGAUGGCUCCCAGCAAGCACUGGAUCUGAACAGCCUUCGCACUGACCCAGAUCUCGUGACGCACAAUAUAGACCUGGUUCUGAACCGGAGAAACUGCAUGCAGGCUGUCAACAAAGUCAUUGAGGAGAACAUCCCUGAGCUCGUCUCUCUGAACUUGAGCAAUAACCGGCUGUACAGACUGGACGACCUCUCUGAGCUGGUGAACAAGGCUACCAAACUGAAGUCUUUGAACCUGUCCCGCAAUGAGCUGAAGACGGAGCGAGAGCUGGACAAAAUCAAAGGCUUCCAGCUGGAGGAGCUGUGGCUGGACAGGAACGCGCUGUGCGAUUCCUUCAAAGACCACUCCACGUACAUCAGUGCCGUCCGUGAGAGGUUUUCCAAGCUGCUGAGAUUGGAUGGGCACAUCCUCCCCCUUCCCAUCGCCUUCGAUGUUGAAGCCCCGACGACGCUCCCGCCUGGCAAGGGCAGUUACUUCGGCUCCGAUGACAUCAAGAGCUUGAUCCUGCGCUUCUUGCAGCAGUAUUACAGCGUGUAUGACUCUGCGGACAGGCAGCCUCUGCUGGACGCCUAUCACGAUGGGGCCAGCUUCUCCCUCACUGUGCCCUUCACCACGCAGAACCCCUCCAG